GUGAAAUAAAUAAAUAAAGUCAAAUUUAUAUUGUAUUCAUCACAUAUUGUUUCUAUUGUGCAUGACUAUGUGGAUGGAAAUACAGUUCAGUGUUUUGCAACGUACCAUUCUGUCUUUAUAAAUGUAAUCUUUCCGUAGUUAAAGCAUAUAAAAAAGCAUAACCUGUUUUCGACCUUAAAUAUGUUUUAGCGUUAUUAGAAACAUGAAAUUAAGAGUAAAUAAAACAUAAUUUUAAUUGUUUGGGGUUAAGGUUAGGCUUAGGGAUAGGGAUAGGGAUAGGGGUUAGGGUUUUCCCUAACCCUAACCCUUUUUUUAUUGUGCCUGUAAUAAAAGCCUGUUGUUCUGGCGAUCAAGUCUGGUGCUGUUGUGUGUCUCAACAUUACUGACACUAGUAACCAGUGUAGAAUAGUAGAUGUCAUGUCUUUAAAUGUGUCUUCUGAAUGCAUCAUAUUGAGCCAUUUGUAUGCUUGAAAUAUAUCUUUAAAAAACAAAGAGGGAUGACUGCAGAGCUGCGUUUCUGGUAUUCGAGUGGUUGGUUGCACUGCCAUGACUGGAGCAUAAAGAAUGAGUCACACAUCACAUCCUGUUGGUUUCCCCCCAUUAUGAGUCUGCAUAGAGCGUAAAGGAGACUUGUCACGUGCCCCUCCCCAGUCAGCACUAUCCCCUUGAGACACAUAUACAGCCGGGCCAAAUUAAGAUGAACUUUCAAACAUUAUCAUUCGUGUGCUGUUCAACUUCCUUAGUAUGUAUAAUGUCUGCCAAAGUUUCUUUUAAGGUUUAUUGCCAAUGUUGACACCAACAGUAGUGCAGUUCCAAUAACAGGAUACAGCUCAACUCGUCAGCUCGCGCUUGUCCCUUUAUCGCCACACUAGCAAAAACAACACUUCCUUCUUAUUCAUUCAUUCAUUUUCUACCGCUUUUUCCUCACGAGGGAUGCUGGAGCCUAAUUUUGUUUUAUUAAUAGGUAUGAUUAGUAAAACAGCAUGAUUUGUUCAUUAAUAUUUUUUGAAAAACCUAAUUUGAAACCCAUUCUUAAGCUUAACAUCAAUAAAUUGGAGGCUAACUAGUUAGCUCGGUAGCUUGCUACGCUUAAAGCGGCGACCGUCUCUUGUGUCCCUGCAGAAAUCCUUAUUACUUAUCAUGGGUAAUAUGAUUUUUAAUAGGUUUUAUUUUAUGUCUACAGGGCCCUAAUGUUAAAAACCUGAUUUAGAGGGUCACAAACAAAUUUUCGAGUUCAUUUACUGUAGUUAUUUUGAUGCUUGAAAAUGCUUAAUACAUAACAUUUUAUUAAUUUUUAUUUUUUUUACUAAUAGGCAUGAUUAGUAAAACACCAUGAUUUGUUCAUUAAUAUUUUUGAAAAACCUCAUUCCAUUUGAAACCGAUUCUUAAGCUUAACGUCAAUAAAUUGGAGGCUAACUAGUUAGCUCGGCUUAAAGCGGCAACCAUCGCUUGUGUCUCUGCAGAGAUCCUUAUUACUUAUCAUGGGUAAUAUGAUUUUUAAGAGGUUUUAUUUUAUAUCUACAGGGCCCUAAUGUUAAAAACUUGAUUUAGAGGGUCAUAAACAGGUUUUCUAUGCUCUUACCAAAAAUAUUAUAAAUCUAUAUAUAAAUGUAUAUAUAAAUCUUCGGGUCGGGUCUGGAAUGUACAGUGAAAUUUCAAAUUAUUUGCAAUGAAUCCAUGCCGAGUUGUAUGAUUCAUGCAUGCAGUGACAGUAAACGAGACAGACUGUAUUGGAAAACAAGGAGAUGUCAGCAAACGAAAAAGGUUGAGAUGAGAUGAACCUCUCUCUCCAACGGCCCAAGGAUGCAAGGCGUGUGACACAGAGAAAGAGAGUGUAGGAUGUCAGCAAAUACACCCAAGGCUAAGAGAGAGCGAGAGCAUAGCAUUGUUGGGAGGAGGCUGGCCUAUACUUAGCAAUAAAGAUCAGCAAGCCACAGCCAAUGCUGCAAAACUACUGCAUGGAGCAAGAGAAUCUGGAUCUACGGGACAGUACCAUUGGGUUGUUUUUAGCUUUUCGACUAACCUUUGCUUUGUUGUGCUUUUUUUAGUCCAACUAAUCAAGGAAGCAAAUUCAAGCAACCAAAGAUGGAUUCACCUUGAAAACGUGGAAGUGCGUGAUGCCAAGAAUAGCAUAUUUACUUGCAAACCUGUCAAAGCACUUUCAUCUGAGGCUGACACAAUGGAAUUGGAUCUGUUUUGCACCGAGAAACCUUUCAUUAGCUGGACUAAGGGAAAAGGAAAAAUGAGGACUGCGCCUGAAAUAGUCUAAUAAAGACUAACCAAAACCAAACACACUGAAACUUGGGACUGCUUUGAAACUUUGUACAGCUUGUUUGGGAAAUGAAAUGAUCAACGACUGGAUGUUGAGUACUCGUAUUCCUAGUACUCCUACUCGUAGUAUUCCUGGGACUUUGUGGUCUUCUCAGCUGUGAUUGUCACCCACUUGCAUCGAUGAGGAAUCCACAGAAUUAUGUGAUUGCGUGUGCUCACUGCUCAUGUUAAGUCCUUGUAGUGGUGCAAUGCAUCGGGUUUCAGGUGUUGCACCAGCUCCCUCAGGACAGAAAUGGUGUUUCCAGUGCUCAGUGGGGGUGGAUUGUAGCGACGCCGAGCCACGCUGUAUCUGGUUGGCCGCGUUGAGAAUUAUUUCACCCUGUGCCUCUGUACGGCCGACCCCUAUUGCAUCACCAAUAAAACGGGAUUCCAUGAGGAUAAGACAACGUUUGUUCUGGGUUAAAGGGCGAAAAGACAAUAUGGUGUCCUCCAAUCAGAAUAAGUGCCAGCCACUGUCAUCUGGUGAGGUGGAGGGUCUAUCAAGGUGUGGCCUUCGGACCAUUCACCUCCGUAAGAACGUGCAAGGAUUCGGUUUCACUUUGCGCCACUUCAUAGUCUACCCACCAGAGUUAUCCAUCCACAACGUCAAAGAUGAAGAAAACGGAAAUACAGUUCAGACAUGGGGUCAGGCGUCUCAUUUGGAACCAAUGGAUACCAUUUUUGUGAAGAGUGUGAAAGAAAAUGGUCCUGCUUACCAAGCCGGGCUGUGCAGGGGGGACAGGUUAGUGAAAGUGAACGGCGAGAACAUUCUCGGAAAAACCUACUCUCAGGUGAUUGCAUUGAUUCAAAACAGUGAAACAAGUUUGGAGCUGUCUGUUAUGCAAAAAGAUGAAGAUGUACUGCAGUUGGUAAGUGCGCACUCCCAGGAUGAGCCAUAUUCAGGCGAGGCCCACAACCACCCUGAACCCCUCCUUCACUAUGCUUCUACCAACCCCAACUCAACUGUCGAACAACCAAGACACAAGCUCAGUGAUCCCUUGGAUAACACUGAGUGCAGAUCCAGCCCAACCGCCUCACCCCUGCACAAGCACCCGACUAUCGGGGAUACCUCUGGUAACAUUGUCACGCCAGCGAGGCAUCUUGGUCGCUCCUCUUCCACCAUCAGUGCACUAGACUUUCACUUUGCCAACCACAAUGCUGCCAUUACUUCUGCGACUUUGCCUCCACCGUGGAAGAGCAGUCUUCUAGUCUCUGGUCACUUUCAUACAGAUUCUCUUUGCCACCAAGCUUUGUCAGACUGGUACGACUGCCAAGGUGACGUAGCUGAGCACCUGACUCCCCGCAACUGCAGUACAUCUCAGGAUCGUUUAGCAGACCUAGGAAUGGGCGCUGGACCUCCAUCUUCUGUCUUUAUCUCUGCUCAGUCAAAACAGAGAGUGACACUGUUGCAUCAUCAUCAAACUGCAGCAGCUUCCCACGAUUCCUAUUGGCUGCGGGGUUGUCCAAGACCAGGAAGCAGGUCAUGCUCAGAGAGUUUGCUAUCAGCUUACGCAGAAUAUGAGCAUAACUAUGGUCGUUCUGUAGAAACAUUAGCAAAAGCCUCAGCAGUUAUACCACCGUCCUCAGACCAGAUAACAAACCAAUCAAGAGAUCACAAGUGUGAGCAUCCGAGGAAAGGAACCCCCCUGGCCGGGGGUCUUUGGUCCCCCUGUGGCAAGCAAUCAGGUCAUCAGGUAGCUGAACCCCAAACAGGGCGACUAACAGAGGAGUUAGUGGGCUACAAAAACAACAGCCUGUCACUGCCCCCCAAAAACUGUCACCGCCUCCAACAUGUACGAGAACCGCAUGACAACGACCAACGCUUCAGCAGCCCAGAAAUCCGAAGUAAAGUAGGAACAGCGACAUGGCCCCAGUCCAUUCCCAACCGGCCUACAUCAGAGGACCCAGCUCAUACUGGGAACGACCGGGAUGCCAUCUCCCCUACGGCUCUAAAUCAGGCGGAGCUUCUGAAGCAGAAAAGACCCUCUGCUUCAACGUUGAGUCCACAGUCACCUGAGUCCUCCAGUGAGACGCCGUCUCCUGUAUCUUUUGGUCCUGGCACCAGUCGCGGGGCUAAAAGUAGCCUAGUGCAGCAGGUGUACGACUCCUUGUCCUCCAUUCCUUUCAUAGGUCGUCGUUCUUCAUAUCUCCUGGCCAUUACGACAGAGAGAUCCAAGUCCUGUGAUGAAGGUCUUAACACUUUGAGAGAAGAAGGACACCCUUUUCCAAGACUACCAAAAAGAGUCAAGAGCUUUUUCAUUGAUGGGUCUUUCGAGAGCUUAAAGGCACAGGAGGAAGCCAGGUCCAAACGUCACUCCGCUUCUGAACUGGCUACAGUCACUUUGUCCAUCCGCAAGGAGGGUUGGCUAUACUACAAGCAGAUUCUCACGGAAAAGGGGAAGAAGUUUGGUGGUGGUAUGCGACCUUGGAAACACGUCUUUUCUGUGCUGCGUUCCUAUUGGCUCUUCCUCUACAAAGACAAAAGGGAGGCUGUUCUUCAUGGGGCAGGUGCUGGUCCGGGUCACGAUGAAUAUCCCCCGGUCAGCAUUCGUGGCUGCCUGAUCGACAUUGCUUACAGCGAAACGAAGCGGAAGCACACCCUGAGACUGACGACUCAGGACUUCUGCGAGUAUCUGUUCCAGGCUGAAAACAGGGACGAGAUGUUAGCAUGGAUCAAGCUUAUCAGGGAGAAUAGCAAAAUUGACAAUGAGGAGAUUGGUUCAUCCAGACAGGCUCUGAUCAACAAAAAGCUGAAUGACUACAGGAAACAGAGUCUUACAGGGAACAAACCAGAUUCUUCUGCUGGAAAUCACCGCCUGAUUCCUCCUUUCCUUUUGGCUGACAACACGCCAGUGAAUCGACCAACCAAAACUGAUGACAACAAGGCGCUGUGGGGAAUUAAUAUCAUGAAGAAGUCCAAGAAGAGAAGCAGCUUGAAGGCUUUUGGUGUGCGCCUCGAGGACUGUCAGCCUGCUGUAAACCACAAAUUUGUCCCACUGAUCGUGGAGAUUUGUUGUGGUGUGGUGGAAGCUACUGGUCUGGACUACACUGGAAUCUAUCGAGUGCCGGGGAAUAAUGCCAUGGUGUCCAGCCUACAGGAGCAUCUAAACAAGGGUUUUGACUUAACCACUGCUAAGGAGAGAUGGCAGGAUUUGAACGUAAUCAGCAGCCUACUGAAGUCAUUCUUCCGAAAACUGCCCGAGCCUCUUUUUACUGAUGACAAAUACCAUGAUUUCAUCGAUGCCAGCAGGAUGGAAGUCACAAAUGACCGGCUGAAGACUAUGAAAAAAUUGAUUAAUGAGCUGCCAGAUCACCAUCACCACACUCUCAAGUUCCUGGUGGCUCACCUAAAAAGGGUGGCCGAUCACGCUGAAAAGAAUAAGAUGGAGCCAAGAAACCUGGCUCUGGUGUUUGGUCCGACUCUGGUGAGGACAUCAGAGGACAACAUGACAGAUAUGGUCACCCACAUGCCUGACCGCUACAAAAUAGUAGAGACGCUAAUCCUACAUUAUGGCUGGUUCUUCAGUGAAGAAGAGCUAGACAAGCAGGAAAAAGCUCCAGAUGAUAAGCAGGACAUGCAGCCAAACAUUGAGCACCUGUUAUGCAACAUUGGCAAGCCGGGUAUGCCAGGAGGAACAUCAGACUCCACCAUCAGCGAUUCAGUUAAGUCAAAGAUUUCUUUGAGCUCUGUGGCAGACCUGAAUCUCCGGGACAUCCUGUCUGAGUCCAUCGUGUCCGCUGUCACCCGCAUACAUAAAAAAUCCCCCACCGCAACUUUGCCUAGAAGCUGUUCAGACGACGUCUGUGAGCGUGAGGCUGUCAAAGCCAGCGAUUAUGUGGGCAAAUGCGGAGGAAGCGGAAAAGAAGAGGUUGCAAGAGAGACAGAGAUCUUCCAAAGGAAACACCACAUUUCCACCCAAGGAAAUAGAAAUGAGGUGAAAACAGGAGAAACAACAUUGGGUAAAGACUUUGGGGACAAGACGGUUGACAAGGAAAGUGGACUAAAAACUCUUACUAAAAAUCAGAGAAGGUGCAGACUUGAACCACAACGUCGUCCGAACAGCUUCCUCUUCAUCCCUAAGACAUCCCCAAGACCUGCACCUUUCACCAGUCCUCACGAUUUCCCAGGAAAACCACCUCUGCUUCCUUUAUGGGUCCUCUCUACAAAGUUCUCUGACCUCUACCAGGCUUUGAAGUAUCAGGAGCCUGCAGGAAGUCCAGGACCACAACCAGUGCUGCUUCGCAAGAGGAGAACUAGGAGGACUAAGGCAGUAUCAAUGAAUUUGGACUAUGAGCUGAACUGGCGGGAUGACAAAGUGAGACAACCGAGACCAGAGAGGGUAGAGGUCAUCGCAGUUCAUGACGAAGCAUCGGGUCAUCGGAAAUAUGUCCCUUAUGGAAUUAUAAGCCAUGGUGCGAUACCACGGAUAGAUACAGUCCCUCGUGUUGAUAAGGGGGAAUCUUGUUACUCGUGGGUGAAUCGGGACUGCCCGGUAUCUCCAGACCUGGGGUCUGAGGAGGAAACGUGGAAGUGGAAGGCCUGGCGUCGUCACACUGUGGUAGUUUAAGUUCUUUUACUGACUUGUAUUGAUAACACUUUUACUCACAAACAUGACAUCGAACUUGAAUUGGUAGCGCUGCACUUCAUAUUCUAUUCUCUAUGCACUUAUGCCUGUCCCUGUUAAAUAAUCCCUACUUAUGAUGUUCAUAACUUUAAAAUAUGAUCUGAAAACUUCCAAUGAAUUUAAUGAGAAAUGACCACCACAGCAGGCAGCGUCCAAUUAAUUUAAGGUCAUUCGCGUCGGUGGGGGGGUGUAUAUUGGCGCCUAUCACUCUGGACUGGUGGCCAGCCAAUAGCAGGGCACAUCUAUUCAACAACCAUUCACACUCAUUCACACCUAUGGAUAAUUUAGACUCUCCAUUCAUUCAUUCAUUCAUUCAUUUCUUCCGCUUUUUCCUCACGAGGGUCGCGGGUGGGGGGUGCUGGAGCCUAUCCCAGCUGUCUUCGGGCGAGAGGCGGGGUACACCUUGGACUGGUGGCCAGCCAAUCACAGGGCACAUAUAGACAAACAACCAUUCACACUCACAUUCAAACCUAUGGAUCCUGUUUUGAAUGUGGGAGGAAACUGGACGACCUGUAGAAAACCCAUCAGGAGAACACCCAAACGUCACACAGAGAUUCGAACCCAGAUCUUCUGGAUCUCUUGACUAUGUGGCCACAUGCAAACAACAAGGCCACCAUAAAAAUGAAAGUCAAAUGUAACAAUCUGACUCACAACAUUAGAGAAAGAUUGUCAGGGCAUCAUCAGUUCAUGUUGGGUGACUCGAUAGGACAGGUCUAGUCCGACUAGAUGGGACACCGUGGAAAGAUUACGGUCAGAUAAUCAUUUAAUCCAUCCAUCCAUUUUCUAUACCGCUUAUCCUCACUAGGGUUGCAGGUAUGCUGGAGCCUAUCCCAGCUGUCUUGGGGCAAGAGGCGGGGUACACCCUGGACUGGUGGCCAGCCAAUCACAGGGCACAUAUAGACAAACAACCAUU